AAUUUGACUUCGCUCUACCACCAGACGGAAAUCAUUUAGGUAAUUUACUUUGGUCAGCAGAAAUACAAUAACACAACAACAAUGGAAAUGGAUAAAGAAGAAGGAGAAAUGAGUGAUGAUCCGAUGCUAGGGGAUGAAGAUAAUGAUUGUAUUCCAGAAGAAGACGUAAAGCCUACAUUGCUUUAUAAGGCAGAAAAGGAAGGAUUAAUCAUCACACAACUAGAAAAGAUUGACGCAAAGAAGUUAGAAGAGAGAGCAAAAAGAUUUGGGUUGAAUCUCUCAGGAAACAGAGUAGUAACACAAAAACAAAUUGAUGAGCUGUACUGUAAUUUUGGGAUAGAAAGUGGGAAUGAACGACAUUUUCGCUUUGAUGCACUACAUUUAAAUGGAGUUGCUGGACUUAAGGAAAAAGAUAUAUUUGAGUACCUUGUGGAUUAUAAACCAGUCAGCCUUGAAUGGAUUGAUGACAAUUCUUGUAACAUAGUUUGUCAAGAUCAUAUAUCAGCUGCAUUGGCAUUGUUAGUGCAUUCACGGGAAAUAAAAAAUGAAGAUUUAAAAGAUAUGCUCAAGAAAUCUUCACAUCACUGGAGGGAAGGUGUUCCACACCCUAAAAAGGACUUAAUAUUGAUGCGUUUUGCUACUAAUGGUGAUAAGAAAUUGCCAAAAAAGGUACCAGAAAGGAAAGCCCCAGAAGGGUAUUAUGAUGAAAUUUUGGAUCCACCAACUAAAAAUCCCUGGGGAGAUUUAUGUAAAUCUUGGGGUGUAUAUGACAACCAGGAAGUUAUUCAGCGCAGAUUAUCCAAGAAUGAUUAUGAAGAUGAGAUAGAGGAACCUGUGCCGAAAGUACAAAUCAGAAAUAAGAGACUAGCCAUGCGCCUCGGCAAAAGACAUCAUAACAAUGUUGAAGAUCAGGAUGAAGAUAGUGAUUCAGAUACUGAAUGGAAAAAGAAGUCUAAAGCGCCUAGAAUGAGAAUGCACGCUGAUGACGAAGAAUCUAAGCAGAAUAAGAAAAGACAAGCUAUGGAACUGACUAAAGCUAUUGCCGAUAAAGAUGUUUAUGCUCCCUUGUCUAUAGAAGUCGUAAAUUCUAGAAGUAAUUAUACACCAAGAGAAUCAGUACUGUUGUCAGAUAAAUUCAAGUACCACAAUAAAACAACUACAAAUAAAGCUAGAAACAAUGUCCAGUCAAGAUUGGGUGCAAAAAUUCUGCGUGAAGAUGUACCAUCAUCAAGUGAUGAGUACUCGUACUCUUCUGAUGAAUCAGAUCACAACACAAUGAGUAGAGUUCAAAAAAUAUCUACUGCAAAGAGUUCCAGUGUAUGGUCAAGACUAGAUUCAAAGCCUACCACUACAAGUGAUCACAAUGAUUUGAGGCAGAUGCUAAAGUCAAAGAAACAAUCUUCUACUAAGACAGAUGAUUUAAGAGAUAGAAUUAGUAAAUAUAAAAGAGCACCUUUACGGAUUGAAAUAGACAAUAAAUAGGGAAUUAUCAUUUAGGUAAAUUGUUGGAAUGAUUGGCGAGAUCAUGAUGGCCACGCGAAUACUGGUUCAGAUACCUGGAAAGGAUGAGGGAGUAGAGUCGGGCUUUCCUCGAGAGCAUUCUCCAGUUCUACAUAUAGGAAAUAGUCUCGAGCGAGAAUGUUUCCCAUACAAAACGGAGAAUGCUCUCAAGAUCGUCACAACUCUAUGGCUAUGAGGGAGGGAUGCCCUUGCAUUCUAGCAUUGUUUUCCUGACACCUGACAUCUCCGACAUUCAAACUGGAUGUUCCUGGACAUUCCUUUGAGGCUUGAAUGACGCCACGCAGGAAUGCCGUCUUUCUGGAGGUGAUUAUUUUGAAAGUAGUUCUGAUGUUAUAUUCCUUCAUAAAGCUACUUUCAAGAGAAUCACCCACAGAGAGAUGCAAAAUUAUUAGUACGUCCUUCAAGGUCAUGUUUUGAGCCUCAAAGUCCCUGCAUGUUGCGUUGAAUGUGCCUAAAGGUCCUUGACCGGGUUUAUAACAAAGCUAAAUAAACUGUAAUGGCCCGAUUGUGUUAAUGCCACACAUAAAGCAUGUGUCCUUCUCGCACUUGGAUAGUUGCUGGUAGAGUAGAGGAUGGAUGCUGAAAUUUUGGACACAAACACAAUAAUGCCAGUUACUACGCUUACUGUUAUCAUUAUAGUUAUGACCUUGUGAAGAAAGGUGUUCUAUGGAGUUAAAGAUCAUCCUCUUUGGAGUGCUGAACCAGCAUAGUUUUAGUUAAUUGGAGUAAUUCUACUGCAGGUGUAUUUUAAUUAUGAAAUUAGUUUAUGUUUACUUAUGUUUAGGUUACUUGUUUACCUCGUGUUUUGUGUCAGUCUUAUUCUAUUGAAUAUCUGACUUCUUAAUUCUUAAUUGAUUACAUACAUAAAUCAAAUAUAUUAUUGUCAUAAUAAAUCUUUUUUACUGAUGUAAAUUCUUAUGAAUCUUAUGAUCAAUGUUUUGCAAGUGCAAGCUAGAGCCAAAAUAAAAGAGAUAAUGUAGUAAAUAAAUCUUUAUUUUGCAUAUUUGAAGGAUAAGUGCACUGAUACAAACAGAAUGUUAAUAAUUAAGGAUAAUAAAAACGUGACCACUUUA